AUGCGCGGCACCAUCGACUCGCCCUGCACUUUUGCCCUCUUUGACAAGGACAGUUACGUCAACGUGAUCACCAAGAAUCUCACAUCAGCUAUUACACCGCCGCUUAAGCACAACAUCAUGAAGGUCAUACAGAUUGUUAUCGCCCUCGCAAUGGCUGCAUACUCCACUUCGGCCCUCGCCGUUCCCGUUUCUGGAGAUCUUGUGGCUGAGUCAGGCAAGCGUGCUGAGAUCGACUACAUAUACACGCAGAAGGAAAAAAAGAGAGCAGAUGUUGAUUACAUCUACACCCAUCAUGGUGGCCUGAUCUGGGCCGGUGGCGACGCUUAUGCCGCCGAGGAUAAUCGUGGGCCACACGUCUACAACUUCUACCCCUGCGACUACUUAGACACAAAAGCAACAAGUGCAAAUAUUCAUCUAUGCAUGAACCGCGGCAUCCAGGAUGUUGGAACCAGCCGCGGCGAGGGUCUCAUACUCGGCUCAGACUAUCAGGUUGUGCGAGGGGUUCACUUCAAUGGAACAUCACCGUCGGUUGACAUUCACGAAUUCACACUGCUUGAUAAUGGUACUGCUGCGAUUAUUACACAAUACCGUCCUGUUCCAGCUGAUCUAUCUGCGUAUGGUAUCCCGGGUAUUGGAUACAUCUACGACUCUGUGUUUCAAGAGCAAAGACUCUCCGAUGGGGCCAUUCUAUUUGAGUGGAGGUCAUCGGACCAUAUUGGCCUGGAAGAGUCCAACGUGACAUUCUUUGGAGGGACAGGCCAAUCCCCUUGGGACUAUUUUCACAUCAAUUCCAUCGAUAAGGCUGAUGAUGGCUCCGGCGACUAUCUUGUCUCGGCAAGACACACGUCCGCGAUUUAUAAGAUUUCCGGCAGAGACGGAUCCGUCAAAUGGCGUCUAGGGGGCUCGCACUCGGAUUUCGCCAUCGCACCUGAGGCUUCUCUCGAGGGCGGAAAAGAAGGCCUCGGGAGGUGGUUCCACUUCCAGCAUGACGCCAUGACUCUGUAUUCUGAAGGGGAAACCGAAGUCGUUUCACUUUUCGAUAAUGGACGCACCCCGCAACAAGUACUCGAUUCUCCAUUCAGUCGCGGUGUGGUCAUGAGACUCGAUACAAACAGUCGACUUGCCACGAUCGAGGCUGAGUACUUUACCGAGGGCCGACCACAAAAUUCAACGCUUGCAGGAAGCACGAGGGGUCUGUCCAAUGGCAACACCCUUGUUGGAUGGGGUAAGACGGGUUGUCUCACCGAGUACGAUAGGCAUAUCGGGCCGGUUUUUGAAGCAUGCCUGCUUGACGAAGGGCGUCCUGCUCUUUACCGCGUCCACAAGUCGGACAGAUGGGUUGGUCGCCCUUCUGGAAAGCCAUCGAUCUUUGCGUACUCAAAGUCAAGAGAGAUGACAGCUGUGUAUAUGAGCUGGAAUGGUGCCACGGAAAUACACAGCUGGAGGCUCUUUGGAAGUGAAGCCGGUAGGGCCCCUGAUCUCACCUGGGAAGAAGUUCUGGUCGUGCCGAGAUCCGGCUUUGAAACUCUGCUAGGGCCGCUGCCACGGUUCCUGCAAUCGGUCUAUGCCGAAGCUCUCGAUACGCAGGGGCAUGUGAUUGGCGUGAGUGAGUCGAUGGAGACGUUUGUCCCCUCUGAGCUUCACGACGAUUGCGAUGAUCUCUGGUGCAAUGCCAUGGUCAUGGUGGAUGUCGAGGAGAGCGAGCAGACGGGGAUACGGAUUGGCCUUGGCUCUGACAAAUGGCUACACUCUUCAAUGCUCUUGUAUAUAGCGCUGUCGUUUUGCCUGGCGGCUCUCACCCUCAGAUGCAGCCUGUGGCGGAGAUGGCUCGGUCCUUUGUGUGCAAAGUGCUGUUGA